UAAUGAUGUAGAUAUGUUAUCUAGCCAUACGAGAUUAAAUCCAGCUAAUAACACCAUACUAACACCUACAGGUAACAAUACUCUAAUGAACACUGAAACCCCAAGUCGUGGUUUAAAUUUGGACUCAGAAUCUAAGGAUGAUUUUGCAGCAUUAGCUAAAAGCGAUGUUUUGGACUUAUCAGCUAUUUUAGAAUCCAACCAUGUAAUACCUACUGAUUCAGAAUUAGUUUCCAUUCUGGAAGGAGAUAUGAAAACUGAAAAUGAUCUCAAUAGCCCUAUGAGAGGCAAUAAACAAGAUGAAGAUUGUAAAAUUAAUAUGGAUCUAUUAAGUUUUAUGUCAAGUGAUGACACAAAGUUAAUGGAUUCAGGAAAAUCAGCAGCAAGUAUUAAAUCAACCAGUUCAGGAGAUCUUACUGAUAGUCAGAAUCUUUUAGCACCUUUAUUAGCUUCACCAGGUGGAACAAAAUUUGAUCUAGUCAGUGAUCGCGAGCUGGAGAAUUUUGCUCAAACUGUAGGCCAGGAAGUAUUGAUAACAAACACUGCUCCUGUACCAGAAGAAGCAAUAGACAAUGAACAAUGUCGGUGGAAUCUGCUUAGACAUAUUUCAGAUUAUCAAGCAGAAUUAGAAAAACGAAUAGAUCAGUUUAAUAUCAAAUUAUCAGUUCUAUUAGCAAGUCCAGAAGCUCCUCCACCAGAUGCAUUAAAACUCGAUCAAGAUUGCACAAGACUCAUGAAAAUGAUGCAGAGGGAUUUAAGGACUCUAGGUGAUACAUGUUCUGUAAUAUCAACAGAAAGUAGAGAGUCUGAAAACAACAAGGUAUCACAAAGCCAAGAGCAAAAUUUUUUAAAUUGUUCUGUGGCUCCAACAGAUGUGAAAAGACUGUGGUAACCAAAUUAGAGUAUUCUAUAUUAUAAAGAGAUUGUUUAUUGUAUUAAUAAAAUGAUUCUAAG